AUGUCGUCUUGCUAUUUACAUGGACGCACAACUGUGGCGAGGCUGUUCCGCCGGCCCUCGGCACCAACAUGUGCUCGAUCGGUGGCAACCACAGCAAAGACGGUUGAGAUGCUGAAAGCGACGAGUCCCGUCGCCGAGCAGCUUCUCCAGACGGGCAUCUGGAAUCGCAGAGGCGGCAAGAGAGCGAGUAAAGCCCUCAAGGCUGUGGAGCCUCACAGGGUGAAUAUUGUGAGCGAAGGGCUUUGCGAUGAUAUCAUUAAAUACAUGGGCGCUUCAUUAGAGCGUCAUCGAGGAUGCGAUCUGGUAGAUCUGAAUCCCGGCGUAGGCCUAUGGAGUCGUAAACUGCACGACUUUCUAGAGCCGCGGAACCACAUCAUGAUGGACCUUGACGCCCAGCUAUACAGCCCGUUUCUCAAGGACCUCACCUCCAAGAAGAAUGUUCAGCUGAUACCCAAGUCGGGUAUCAUAUGGAAGGACCUGGUUGAGAUGAUCCAGACGAAGCUUUCUCACCAAGAAGUGCUCGCCGACAAAGAAAAAGAGCCUAGACGCAACGACACGCUGCUGGUCACGGCCAAUCUGUCCACGUUCCCGAAGAAGGCCUUUCUCGGGUUCGACAGCAUCAGCACCAUGGUCAUCUACCAGUUCAUGUCCAGCAUCAAGUCUUCUUCGUUAUUCCAGAAAUAUGGCCUGGUGCGCAUGCUCUUGUGGGUCAAUGACGAUGAGAAGCGCCGUCUCAUUCCCAAGUCGAUUAAUCGUCGCAAGCGAGGCUCGUUCGAAGCCGAACUGGCGUGCGAAUGGGUUCACGAAGUCGCGGGACACGAGCUGGAAGCCGAGAAUCGACACACGCUGCGCGAUGAAUGGAUCAACAAGGAAUCCGGCCUCAAUGUCCUAGCUAGGAUGCAGGCAAAGGGUCUCGAGGUCCCCAAAGGACGAGAGUCCAAAACGUACAAGGACUCGCUACAAUCAAAGCACCUCAUGGGCCAGAAGCUGGCCGGCGUUCACGUGCCAGUGGUCGCACGGCCUUUCAAGAAGGAGCUGGAAGACCUGGAGAACGAGCUUGAUGAGGAGGAUCAUGAAGGGCUGUUACCCGAACGACUAAAAGCACUUCGAAGCAGGGUAAGAUACGAGGCCAACCACUAUAACGUGUUCCUAGAGAUGCUGCAAGAACACGAGAGGAUAUCUGCCCUGGCGACAACAGACCCAGUCGCAUUCCAAGAGGCUAACGAGGCCUGGAACGAGCGAAUCGACAACAUGAAGAAGAACCAGCGAAUGGAGUUCAACGUCCUGAGAGACAGCUACCAUCUGUUCCGCCAAAUGCCCCCAGCACUGCUCUGGGACCGACGAGAGUACGAGCCGCUGACGGCCAUGCCGGAAGAAUUCUUCCCCAACGCGCCGACGGCCCUCCUCGACCUCCAGCCCAAGGCGAUGCACCACCUUCUGCGGCAGAUUGGCCCCAACACCAACCACGCAGGCGACAUAUCGGACGUCAUGCUGCGGUCCUGGUGGAACCAGACGAUUCUGCCGGCGCACAAGGCGAUGGAUAGCCUGUGGCCCGGGUUUGGUGAUUUGGUCUCAGAGGUGCCGAGUCUGCGAGACAGCCAGCGGGGAGGGACGCCGUUGACGGGGCAUGGGUCGCUGAGCGCGAGGAGCAUCAACGAGGGGCAGUGGAUUGAGAUGCUGGAGGCGUGGAUGCGGUGGCCGUUUAAGCCCACGUAUGGGCAGAUGCUGGGGAGGAUGUCCGAGGAGGAUACUGAUGGGGAGGAGGAUGAUACGAGACCCAAUGCGAUUGCAAUGGCGCCUUGAAGGAGCUGUUAGAAGGCAUAACGUU